UGGAGGAGUAAGGAUACACAUCCCUCAGGUCUUGGAGGCUGCUCAUUUGCCUCCUGUUCAAGUGGCCCCCUGGGCCACCUAGCAGUAUUGAGCUUUGGCCCAAGGACAGCCAGGAAUGCUUGCUUGUCUUGUGUCCUGCUUAGUGCGGUGGCACCCCAGGCAGCACCUGGGAUGGGGUCUGGAAGGGCUUUUCAGGGUUCUGAGGGAGGUGCUAUCUUGACUUCCUUUGUCAAGGGAGAGAGGGAAAGCCUUGUGGACCCGACUCCUGGGUUUGGUUGAAUGCAUGGGCCGGAUUCCCAUGCGUGGGUGUAGAGGCCCUUGGGACGAGAAGAAACAACCCUGGGCCCUGGGAGUCUGGGCCAUAGUCCACACUGGAAGAUAUUGAAUGCUCAGCGCCCGAGGGAGCCUACAGCGCCUGGGAUCCGCCCCUCGGGGACCUCCCCUAUGCAGCCCGGCGAGGCCCGCCUGCUGGCUUGGGCUCCCGCACAUCUGGCCCUUCCGCGCACAUCUGGGCAGCCGGCAUCUUAGCAUGAACGGCUCUGGGGCGGGCGCUGCGGCCCCAGCCACUUGGCUGAGCUCCUGCUGCAACCAGUCGGGGGUGCUGCCCGAGCCCCCCGAGGGGCCUCCCGUCGUGCAGGCGGCGGUGCUGGGCGUGCUGUCACUGCUCGUGCUCUGCGGGGUCCUGUUCCUGGGCGGUGGCCUCCUCCUGCGUGCGGAGGGCCUGACGGCGAUGGUGCUCCGCGAGCGGCGCGCGUCCCGCGAGGCCGAGUCCAGCGGCGCCGGCCGAGGUGACGACGACGACGACUCCUAGGCACCCAUACGCUCGAGGGCGGGGGUCGCGGCCUCCGGGGCGGCCCACGACUCGGCCCUGCUGCGGAGAGGGGUGGGGGUGGGAGGGCUCGGCGCCCUCCCAGCCCUCCCCACCCUCCGCGAGCCUGGCGCUGCGCAGGUGAGAAUGCCGAGGGCGGAGUUGGGGGGCAGCUCUUCAGCGACUCUGCCUGGGCUCUGCACGUCCCCAGGGUGGGGCCUGCAGCCACCCCAAGUGUGCCAGGACCUGAGGGAAGAGGCUGCCACCCUCUCUUCUCCCGAUCUCGUGUCUCUCCAGCGGCGUCUCACCCAUGUCCUUUCUCUAGAAGAGCGGGUCACCCUGCGUGAGGGGGAAGCUGGGCGGGUCAGAGGGGCCUCAGUGUGCUUUGGAGCUCUUCUACCCUGCACGCACCCCCCCCCCCCCC